AUGUAUAAUGGUAUAGGCCUUCAGACGGCACGUGGUACAGGUACGAAUGGAUACGUACAAGCAAAUCUAUCAAACCUGCUUCUUUCCAAGAAACGUGUUGAAUACAACAGUGAAGCUGACUUACGUCGUAUUGAAGCAGAACUAAACCGAGCGCCCAAUGAGGAACUUCUGCAGCAUCAAAGAAAGAGGGCUAUCGAAAUGAAAUGUGCCGAAUUUGAAAUGUUAAUGGAGGAGAAGGGUUUCGAUGAUGAUGAAAUCCAGAAGAAAGUCUCAGACUAUCGCAAACUUUUGCUGAGUCAACUGGAGUCGGGUGAACUCAAUUUGGAUUCAGAGCUAGACACAAGGGAUUCUCACGCGAGGGCCAAAGCUGCUGUUCAGAUCCGUGAUAGGAUGAGGGAUGCCCUUGGAGUAAGUAAGGACUUCGUACCCGGUGCUUCAAUGCAAGCGUUAGUUGCAUUUUAUACAUGGCACAAUCGCCUAAUUGUUGUGUGA